CAGCGACCCGUUAGCCGGAUUCAAAACCGGGGAGGAAUCCGUCCCCAAAUCCUCACGACUCCCUGCGCCCAUCCCACAUUCCCACGAGCUCCCGUCAUUUGCAGAUCUGUUUCUCCCAACUCGAUCGCCCCCAGCGCCCGCGCGAGCCAGAUUUAUGCGGCCUCGUUGCUGCGCGCUGCAGCCAUGCAGAGAGGCGGCGGCGGUGGCGGCUUGGGAGCGGGUUUGACUGCUGUUGCGGAGUUGCGGAGGGAUCGGUAUCGGGCUCGGCAAUGGCGAACCUGUCGGACUCGGCGGGCGGCGGCAGCGGCCGCGCCGGCGCGGAGCUGAUGGUGCCGCAGUUCCUGCUCAAGGCGCUGCACGCCAUCCUCGCCGUGCGCGCGCCGCGCCCGCAAGCGUCGGCGCCCGCGGCUUCGGCGGCGGCGGCGUUCCGGAGGCGGGACAGGUGGUUCCACCUGCCGCUCCAUGCGCCGCCGCCGCCGCCCGCGGCGGAGCACCUGCCGGAUCCGUCCCCCGGGGAGCCGCUCGUGGUGGACGUGUACCUGGCCCAGUCGGGCGGCGGGGGAGCGGAGGAGGUGGUGGAGCGGUGGACCGUUGCGUGCGAGCCCUGGCCUUCACCCGCGGCGGCGGCGGCCGUGGGGGAGGGGCUGGCGGUCAACAGGUCGUACAAGCGCUGUAUCACGUUGCUGCGGUCGCUGUACACCGCGCUCCGAUUCCUCCCGGCGUACCGCGCCUUCCGCCUGCUCUGCGCGUCCGGCCAGGUGUACAACUACGAGAUGGGCCACCGCGUCGGUUCCUUCGCCGCGCCCUUCUCCCGCACCGAGGAGUUGGCCAUGCGCACCCGCAGCUUCGCCCCCGUCGAGACCCAGCUCGGCCGCAUUGUCGUCUCCGUCCAGUACCUCCCCACCCUCGCCGCCUUCAAUUUCGUGGUCUCCUCCCUCGCAACCGCCACGAUCAUCACGGAUUACGUCGGCAGCCCUGCGGCCGAGCCUAUGAGCGCCUUCCCGGCAUCGCUUACGGAGGCCGCCGGCUCGGCCUUUCCGCUGCCUUCGAGGCGCCCCAACAGCUGGGCGUCGCCUGCGCCCUGGCCGCACACGCCAGGGCAGCAAGCGAAGUUCUCGCCGCCGCCAGCAGCGUACGCGUCGCCUACGCCCUCGCCGCCCACGUUUGCCGGUGGCUACCUGCACUCGCGGUUUAGCGGCGAGACUGCGCCAAUGAGCAUACCGCAGGUGGGCGGUGGCAGGGGCCCUGUGCACCAUCGGAACAUGUCGGAACCCAAUAAAGCGAUCAUGUUUCCCCCACCUUCGCCAAAGAGUGUGCGAGGGGAGGCAGGGAUCCAGGAGUCCCCGAAGGAGACCAGCCGGUCGUUCAGAAGGGCGGAUGGCAUCCGGAUGGGCGAUCUCUAUGCUAACUUGCCUGGUUCUAAGAUUAAGGACAGUAGGGACGAAUCUGGCAGGUUCUCUGGUGUCUUCUCUUCUAGUGGUUCGCCACAUCUUGGGGUUUCAAGAAGUUCAAGCAGAUUGUCUAUGCCGGAUGAUACUGAUGACACAGAUUUUCCUUUUGCUGUGGAUGAUGUUGAUCCAGAUUCCCGACCUGGUAGUGGUGGAAAGGACGUGGAGGAUCAGGCAGGUUCCUCAUCCCAUAAAUCACAAGACGCUGCUGUUGGGUACCUAGUCCACCUGCUGAAGUCCGCACGCCCACUUCGAGAUCCUAGCUACUCAACUCAUACAUCAAGGGCCGAAUCUACUGAAGCAGGCAGCACCAGCUCUUUCAUGUCCCGCAGGACAUCUGAUGCAUUCGAGGAGCUUGAAUCUUUCAAAGAAUUAAGGGAGAACCUGCUAGCACAUAGUAGAUCUAGGCUACAAGAUUCAUUGGAUAAGCCCUAGUGUCGAUGAUGCCCCUGAUUCCAUUCUUUAACAGGUGAAGAAUCCAAAACCGUAGAGUAGAUUAUAUGGUGAGCUUGGGCAACUCUUAUUUCAGAUUUGUCCGUGUAUAUUACUAAUCAACAGGCGAUUGUUUCUUAAGGAGAUUAUGCAGGUCGCCAUUGAUUAUGUUGUGGAAAUUGCUUCUUAUUCUUAAACUCAAAGCAGGAAUAUUGCCCGUCUUUGUUCAUGUGUUAGUGUUUGUAUGCAAGAGAAACCAUCUGGGUACAUGUUGCUGGGACUGGGAGCCUAUGAUGGGCACAACGCUCUGGCCUGUGGAAUUAUCAUUCAUGUAACUAGACUAAACUGUUUAUUUAUUCUAUUUUAAGUCUUUA